AUGUGGAGGUUCCCAUUUUUCUUUUUUUUUUCUUCUCGUACAAAUUUUCAUUGGAGGGAAACAAAAAGUUCAAAAAUUCUUUCGCAUUCGAACUCAUUCGCGAGACGUUCUUUUGUAGUCUGCGAAAAUGACAAUAUAAGCAAGACGGCAAGUGAAAUUAAAAGUAACAACAAUAUGAACUCCAACAUGAAGAUGGUCCUCCGUUUCGAACGCGGCUGCCUCUUUGGCUUUCACAAAUUUUCUCAUUUAAUUUUAAAAACUGAUCAAAACUCUACUUGGGAAGAACUUUUAAUUUCAGAACCAGUUUUGCUGAAUUAUGAAAAAAAAUGGUUAUUUACAUUUUUGUUGAGCUGCCACAUGUACCCUACUAUCACGAAACUAAUUGCUCCUACCACCAUUUCGACAACUCCUUCGCUCACUGAUGAAACGCAAUCGUUCGGCGAGUUCGGCUUCGGCAUGCCCGUGAAAAAGUUUCGAGAGGUACCAAAUUUACCUUACGUUUUUACUGUGUGUGUGUAG